AUGGAAUUUCACAAUUCCCCGCCGAGGGCGGCUACAGCUUUGUCGCCCUCUACAGCUGUUAGCAGUCGAGAACCGAAGCUCCAGCUUCCUUCGACAACUGACCCUCCAGGCCCGCAAAACCCGCCCAAACCGCUUGUCUGGCUGAUCUUUGGUGCAACUGGCCAUAUGGGCCGCUCCCUCGUGAAAACCGCCCUUUCGCGCGACGACCUGGUCGCAGCCGUCGGCCGCACAUUCGAAACCAGCCCGCAAGCAAUGAAGAAGCUCGAGGACGAGCACGAAAAUUGCCUCGGUCUACUCUGCGACGUGCGCGCCCGAGAGACGGUCCAGCAGGUAAUUGACCGCACAAUUGAGCGCUUCGGCCGUAUCGAUAUCAUCGCCAACUGCGCCGGGUAUGGUGUCAUCGGCGCCUGCGAAGACCAGGACGAAUAUGAUAUCCGCGACCAAUUUGAGACAAACUUCACAGGGACACUUAACAUGAUUCAGUUAUCGCUGCCCCAUUUCCGUGAACGCCGCUCGGGCCGAUAUCUUAUUUUCAGCUCAACCUCUGGCGCGCUCGGCGUGCCGGGACUGGGCCCGUACUGUGCUUCAAAGUAUGCUGUUGAGGGACUCAUGGAGAGUAUGCUUUACGAAGUUGACAGCUUCAACAUCAAGACUACGCUCGUGGAACCGGGCCAUAUGCGCCGCGAUGACGUGGGGGAUCUUGUCUCUGCUGAACCGUUCCCCAGUACGGACAGCGUGCAUAACCUCUCUUCUCCAUUACCGCUAUAUGGCCAUUUCCUCGUAAAGCCGCCUAGUGAACCAUAUAACACGCCCACAGCGCCCGCAGCCCACGCAAAGCGGAUGCUCAUGUGGCUGGGUGAUAAACAGCCCGCCAGCGCGGUCAAAGCGGCGCAUUUGGUUUGGCAACUAGGUCAUUGUUCUUAUCCACCCCUGAGACUUAUUCUGGGAACCUAUGCAGUUGAGAGCAUUCGGGACCGACUCAAGUGCAUCAUCGAGGAGAUUGAGGAUUGGAAGUAUCUUAGUUUCCCGUCUAUGGAUCAGCCGGUUGGCUCCGCUGGACAGGGGAAGGAUAAGCCUACGCCGAACGUGCAGGAGCAGGAAGAGGAGGGAAGAACAUGA